AUGGAGCCGGGGCGCCGGGCGGCCGCGGCGCUGCUGGCGCUGCUAUGCGUGGUAUGCGCGCUGCACUCGGGGCGCGCCCAGUACGAGCGCUACAGCUUCCGCAGCUUCCCGCGCGACGAGCUGAUGCCGCUCGAGUCGGCCUACCGGCACGCGCUGGACCAGUACAGCAGCGAGCACUGGACGGAGAGCGUGGGCUACUUGGAGAUCAGCCUGCGGCUGCACCGCCUGCUACGGGACAGCGAGGCCUUCUGCCACCGCAACUGCAGCGCGGCGCCGCAGCCCGAGCCCGCCGCCGGCCUCGCGCGCUACCCGGAGUUGCGCCUCUUCGGGGGCCUGCUGCGCCGCGCGCACUGCCUCAAACGCUGCAAGCAGGGCCUGCCGGCCUUCCGCCAGUCGCAACCCAGCCGCGAAGUACUGGCGGACUUCCAGCGCCGAGAGCCGUACAAGUUCCUGCAGUUCGCCUACUUCAAGGCAAAUAAUCUUCCGAAAGCCAUUGCAGCUGCUCACACCUUUCUACUGAAGCAUCCUGAUGACGAGAUGAUGAAGAGAAACAUGGCUUAUUACAAGAGCCUACCUGAUGCCGAGGACUACAUUAAAGACUUGGAAACCAAGUCGUACGAGAGCCUGUUCAUCCGAGCCGUGCGGGCCUACAAUGGCGAGAACUGGAGGACGUGCAUCACCGACAUGGAGCUGGCCCUUCCUGACUUCUUCAAGGCCUUCUAUGAGUGUCUCGCUGCCUGCGAGGGCUCCCGGGAGAUCAGGGACUUCAAGGAUUUCUAUCUUUCCAUCGCAGAUCAUUAUGUGGAGGUCCUGGAAUGCAAAAUGCAGUGUGAGGAGAACCUCACCCCCGUCAUAGGAGGAUAUCCGGUGGAGAAAUUUGUGGCCACCAUGUAUCAUUAUUUGCAGUUCGCUUACUAUAAAUUGAACGACCUGAAGAAUGCGGCACCCUGUGCGGUCAGCUACCUGCUCUUUGACCAGAGCGACAAGGUCAUGCAGCAGAACCUGGUGUACUAUCAGUACCACAGGGACAAGUGGGCGCUGGCGGACGAGCAUUUCCAGCCCAGACCGGAAGCAGUCCAGUUCUUUAACGUGACCAUGCUCCAGAAAGAGCUGUAUGACUUUGCUAAGGAAAAUCUCAUGGAUGACGAUGAGGGAGAGGUCCUGGAAUACGUGGAUGACCUGCUGGAGUUGGAGGAGACCAGCUAGCCCCAGAAGCCAGAGAGCUGUUCCUUCCAUGUUCAGAAAACAUAAUUCUUUGUCUUCCUUUUCCUAAUAGUCCAGGCUAUUGAUACCUCAGAACCUUCUCUUCUCUCUGUGAAGUGAAAGGGAAGCCCCCGUCUCUUGCUACAGCUAAAAAGGGGUGAGCCUGCAUUCCCCGUGCCCACAGCUGCCUCCCCAACCUUUCACACCUGCCGCUCUAUCUUCAUACCCGCCUCUCCAUCGUCAUUCCCACCUCCCCAUGAUCACACCUGCCUCCCCGUCUUCACACCUUCCUUCUCCAUUUUUAUACCUGCCUUUCUCACCAUUUUGGUUAGAAGGACAGUUUUCCAUGGAAUCCGCUCCCCCUCCCCCCCCAGAAAAUCAGUAUUAUUUUUUAAAUAAGAAAAAUAAUCCUAAAAUAUGGUAAUUAUAAAAACCUACUCUGGCCUUUCUGCUUUCCCCCAUUUUGGUUUCCUUUCUCCCCAUCCCCUGAUCCAGCAAAGAUGUUGAGGACAAAGGCUAAGCUUCUCUUCAUAGUGGUCUGCACGCCAUCUGACCUGCAUCAUUGCUGGCGCCCAUUGAGAACGGAGUUGGGGCAACAGCGUGGAGAACAGAUAUGUGACUUUUGCCUAAUACUUGCGCGUGUCCGAAGGCUUCCAGUGGCCGGUCGAUCCCCUUUGAGGACAGUGUGCUCAGCCGUUAGUCUCAGAGUUGGAUAUGGAAGGAAGGAGAGGGAAUCUAGUUUCACUCAGUCUUCGACAAAUAUUUAUUGAGCACCCACUGCGUGCUAGGCCUCGAUCUGGGCGCUGGAGACACUGCACAGCAAAACAGAAAGAAAAAAAAAAACCUGUCCUCACAGAGCCUACAUUCUACAGGGAAAGACAGACCACAGGUAAACAAGCAUAAAUAUAUACAAGGCCUCGGAGGGUGAUCAUUGCUAUGGAGAAAAAGCAGUGAGGGGUAAGGAAGCUUGGAGAUGAGGCUGCAGGGUUGUUUGUUUCAUUAAUUUUUUGGUGGUGCUGUAUGUGGAAUCUUAGUUCCCCCACCAGGGAUCACACCCCUGGCAUUAGAAGUGUGGUGUCUUAACCAGUGAACCCCCAGGGAAGUCCCAAGGCUGCAGUGUUUCGUUUUGUUUUGAAUUUAUUUAUUUUAAUUGGAGGAUCAUUUCCUUACAAUAUUGUGGUAGUGUUUGCCAUCCAUCGACGUGAAUCACCCAUGGGUGCACGUGUCCUUCCAUCCUGACCCCCCCUCCCGCCUCCCUCCCCACCUUAUCCCUCUGGGUCGACCCAGGCUUUUCAUGCCCUUCUGAGGUUUUCAAUAGGGUGGUCGGGGAAGCUGUCACUGAGAGCAUGACAGCAGAGCAGAGACCUGGGGAGGUGGGUCUCAGGACAGAGCCUUCCAGGCAGAGCGGGCUGCAUAUACGGCGCCCAGCAGCGGGGACGUGCUUGUGCCGUCGGGACAGCCCACAGCCCAGGGGAGGCGUGGGCAUGGGCAGAGUGGAAGGUGGUGUAAGUAUGUGGCUGGCAGGGGGCAUGGCUCAGCCUUGACAGACAGUGUAAGUAAGGCCCUGGGCUUCUGCCCUGAGUGGGGUGGGAGCCGUGCAGCAGAGCAGAGCCUGGGCUCCCUGGCACUUUACAGGGAGCUUACCUGCUGCCGUACCGUGAGAAACCUGGAAGCGCUCAGGGGGAGAAUUGGGAAUGUCAAUCGGGGCAUGGCUACAGAGAUCCAGGCAGGGGGAUGAAGGCGCAACGCCGGGCAUAGCAGGGGGCGAUGGUGAGACGUGGUCCCGUCAUGGAUUUGUCACAGGGCCAGUCACAGUUGCUGACAGGUUGACUGUAGAGCAUUAGAGAAAAGAGAGGGGCUGGUGGCGACCUGAAGGUUUGGGGCCUGACGCAUGGGAAGGACUGAGUUGCCAUUGACUGAGAUGGGGAGGCGGGUGGUUGGUGAGUCGGGCAUUCGGUGCCUGCAGCCAUCUGAGGCUGGGAUGCCGGGUUCAGGCUGCAGAUAUGAUUUGAGAGUUUCCCCAGGUCAGGUGGUUGGCAGAGCCUGAGUCAGGGAUCCAGUGGGGCGGGGUCCCAUGGAGGGGAUAUAAAGCAGAGUGGGGGGCCUUGGGCAUGGACACCCUUCCCCAGGAUCCCAUCAGGGGAGGCUCUGGGCCCAGACGCUUGACUGUCCUCGAAGCUCCAGGCUUCAGCUCUCUGCAGCUGCGUGAGGACAGGCAAGGAGGCUUGACUCUCUCCACUUCUCUGUUCCCCCAGGGCCUCCCCAGGGACUUUCGGGGCGAGGGUGUCUCCACAGGGUUGCCUGGUGUGGGGAGAGGUUUGGGUUCACUAUCUGAAAAUCACUUAGUCAUGUCCAGCUCUUUUGUGACCCCAUGGAUUAUAGCCUGCCAGCCUCCUCUUGUCCAUGGAAUUCUGCAGGCCGGAGUACUGGAGUGGGUAGCCAUUCCCUUCUCCAGGGGAUCUUCCUGACCCAGGGAUUGAACCCAGGUCUCCCGCAUUGCAGGCGGUAUCUGAGGUUGGCUUCUUUCCACUGGGAGCUGAAAGCCCCUCCUACCCCCAUCCUAGGGACUGUCCCCUGGGGACAGUGGGAUCAAUACUGUCAGCCCUUUGCUUUGAUUGAAGGCUGUGGAACCAAGUUACUAAGUUUUUAUUUUAAAAGAAACCAAACCAAUUUUUUUAAAAAAAGAAGAAGGUGGGCCAAUUCUUCCAAAUGUAACAUGAAAGCCCAGCUGCACUCAGCAACUUCAGCCCAGUACCUCCCUGAGUGGGUUUUCUUGGAAGAGCCUAGAAGAAUCCUGGAUUGAGACCUCGUGGGCUCAGCAUUUGUCUGGCCAGCCAUUUGGAGGGAAAAAAAGAAGCACAUUUGUAAGCUGUGUGGGAGUUUCCAGACCAAGGCUAAGAUGUCUGGCUUGUCCUCUGACCCACCUGCACUCAGCCCAGUGGGUACCAGUUAGGUCUCUGCCCACGGAGGCUGCCCACCAUGGGGCAAUGGAGUCUGUCCAGCCCCGAGGCCUUUCAGGCAGCCCAGGCAAGGACCCCCCCUGGGGAGGGUCUAAAGGCACCCCCUGCACCCAUGUUAAUGUUCAGAUUUUUGGUGGGGGGAAGGAUGGGGCUGAGGGGAGGUCUGGGUGUACACAAAGAAUUAAAAGCAACUAAUGGAAAUGUCGCAUAUACCAGCAUAUUCAGCGCAGUGAUGUCUUUCUGAGUUUGAGGCUUUCUAAUUACUGCCACCGACCUGUCAGGCUCACCUCUGGGGUCCAGAACCACUGAGGCCGUCACCCACAGAGGCCGCCUUAGGAAAUGUUGCUUUUAGGAGUCCUUACUAAAGGAAUUUUAAGAGUACAAAAAUUUUAUUGAACCAAACUCAGCAGCAAACAGAAAAUGAUUUGUUCGAUUGUCAGUGGGAAAGGGUUUAUUAUGACUGCCGGUGGAAUCAACAGUGGCCCGUUUCUGCCAACAUGGAUGGAAAUAACGUUUUUAAGUUUUAAAUGUGAGCUGUAAACCUAAGCUACUUCGGUUUAAAAAAAAAAAAUUCAAUACUUAAACUGUGGGGAGAAGGUGGACUGGAGCCAGAGAAAACAUUCUCAUUUAAUAGUGUUUGCACAUGGAACGGCAACACAGUUUGUAGCGAGGCUCCGAGAAAAACCCACAACUAAUCCUUCAUCGCAGCUGUCCCAACUCUUGACCAUCUGCCAUCCCCCAAACAGCGACUUCUUUUUUUCUGGGGACUCCAGGCUUGAAUGACCUAGUGUGGAGAGUUUAAACUGUA